AUGCGACCCAUGCCCGUGCCUGCACUUGCAUCUGUGCUUGUUGCAGUGACGCUCACCCAGCUACUAUUAUUCCAAUGUUUUGUAAAUACCAAAUAUGAUGUGCAGUUAGACUACACCAUCCCUAUCGAGUUCCUCCACAACGACCGUUCGCACAAAUACACCAACGUAACAAUCGGGAAUGAUUCCUUCUUAUGCUUCUUUGGAAAAUCAAACAAGUUUGGUGAUACCGGAGAUGGGGGGACUUCUUCUGCCUAUGAGGAUGAGGGGGAAGAGGUAGCACAGUCGGGGUGUAAUGAUUUGAGUCUGUUUAAAAAUGGAGGAGAAGCACUCAAACGGAUGAACAAAGAUGUGGAGGAAAAAUUACAUCGAAACAAUUACCUCUUGAAGUAUUCUGAGGGGCAAGGAAUAUAUUACAAAUUACAUACAAAAAAUGACCCCCCCUCGUUAGGCACAGGGGGGAGGGGAGCAGUCCAAAUGGUUGGAAGUAAAAUAGAAGCGGGAGAAAUCACCCCCAAAAAAGGAGGACAAGAAGAAGGAAGAAGAAGCACAACAGGGAGCAGUGAUGGAUACAGAGAAAGCAACCAAACAAUAAAGAAAGGCCACACUGGAAGGAUGGGAUUUCCAGCAAAAAGCAAGCAAAGCUCUAACCAAAUCAACGUAGCUGAACGGAAGAAUAAGGCACGCUUAGCCAUACAAUGCAAAUUCCAAAAAUUAUACGACUACAUUUUCUACAAACACAAAUUCAAUGUGUAUCAUAAGAAUAGAACUUACCGAAACGUGAACGAACAAGUCUUGCUAAAAAAUCAUAUGAUAAAGGGGAAAAUGCUCAUCAUAAAAAAUACGUGUAUUAAUGCCUUUACACCUUCGAGUGAGAAUGAACUGAAAAUCUGCCUGAACAGAUCCAUCUCAUUUAUUACGAAAAAGUAUGAUCAGAAAAAAGGUUCAAGUAAGAACGGAAAACACAAAUGUGUUUGUAGCUACCAGAAGGACAAAGAUUUACUCUUCGUUAACAACACCGUCGUUCAGUAUUACAGCGAUGGGACAUAUUUCUUCGAAGUCCUUUUCAUAUGUGGAAACAACAACUUACGAGUUAAUAGCUUCGAAAAAUUGCACAGACAUUAUUUCCCUUUGAUUUUCCAGAUAUAUGAACAUGUUCAGGCGAAUUUAACUAAGAUGUACAAAAUUAUUUUAAACAGAUGGACAAACAACAAGCCUUACUUUUUUAAAACAUUUUCCAUGUACAAAUACAGUGAGAAUUAUUACAGAGCGUUAAAGGAUAAGCUAAAUAUUAUGCUGAAUGCAUUUUUUCCAAAGGUAACACACCUUUACCGGGUAACUCUAAGUGCCUACAUGUUCUGUGAUUACACAGACAGGGUAAACCCACCAAAUCAUUUCCUGCUAAAAGGGCUAAUGAACAAGUGCUUCCAGUUCAGUAAACAUGACGGAUAUAUUUACGAAGUCUGUUUGCCCAACAGUGUCAUUCGAUAUCAGAAGGACGAAUACGAUAGAGUAAAAUACCCACUUACUUUGCUUGGUUCUUCUGAUCGCUCUACAAAUGGAGGAAAACCUUUUUUCGAAAAAAUGUAUGAUGCGUUUCCUGUGCUCAAAAUGAAUUAUAGGCUUCGUAAAGAUGCAGAAAAUGAUCCGAAGACACAAAAGGGAGUAAUUAAUGAUUCGGCUGUUAUAUCGAUUACGGGGCAGGAGGACAAUGAUCAUGCGGUUGUCUUCUCCGGGGGGGAUUUCUCCUCGCAGGGUUAUUCCCCUUCUGCGAAUCAACUCUCUGGCUCACCCAUUUUAGCGCCCUCUUCGGCGACUGUCCGUUCGUCGUCGUCGCUUUUUUCGGCAUCCCCAUCCGAGUACACUCAAAAUGGUGAUAACGGCGAUAGCCACGUUGGUAAUCACCAUGGGAAUCACGCCGAUAGUGGUGAUGGGCGUAACCAAAAUGCGCACCCGCUCCUAGAAACCUUCAAAGCCACAAUUACGUCCCUGAACGAGGCCGCCACGCCCCCUCCUCACUUCUCCUUUGCCGCGAACCGAAUUCCAUACAUAAGCACAUACAUGAUAGACAAGCCAGUGGACAUUUUAAAAUACGAGAACGAAAACUUCUACAAAUCUUUAGCCAUUGACUUGAAGGGAGAACGGUGCAGAGACUCUCUUGGAGAUGUACAUGAUUACAAAACGACCAUCUACUUUGACUGCUCUUUGCAUUACCAGAAUGAGACGCAGACAAAUAUAAUGAACAUAUUCCAGACAACGGAAUGCCACUACUACGUGCAUGUGUCCUCUCCCGUGCUCUGCGCCCACCCGAUUCUUCACACAUCCGUGACACCGCAGAACGAAGUCAUACGAUGUUUCAGAAAUGUGUUCGCAGCAAGCGCCCAAAGGGUUGGUCGCUCCAGAGGCAGAAGCGGAAGGAAUAGUGCCCCCGAGAAAGGGGACGAGGGAGAGCCCGUACUAGACGACCCCUACCUCAGUGACGCAGACAAACUUUACCUGCACCAGUUUCAGGAAAAAAAAAAAAAAAUGCUACAGAAAAAAAACAUGCACACACUCGAAUCCGUGCCCACGAAUACUAAAAUGGAGUUUGGCGUAAAAUAUGACUUCGGGUUAGGGAAUUAUAUCCGAAGAAGAGUGUACAAAGGAAAUCCCAUUUUUCACAUUGGCAACAUUGUGAGGCAUCGAUACUGGAAUUACGAAGCAGUAGUGGUGAGCUGGGAUUACAUGUGCUACGCGCCAGACGAGUGGAAACAUCAUUUCUUUUUAGAAUAUCCAACCCAAGUUCAAAACUCUGUGCAUUACCUCCUUUUGGUUAAUAAGGACGGGAAAAAGGGAGGCACAACUUUGCAUGACCGCUCAGCAUACCAGGACCAUCCUAACAAACGUACAGAAAAUUCACACGCGAAACAGCCUAGAGAGGGAACCGCUGACGUGGCGUGGGAAAACAUACGACUCAACGUGAGCGAAGAAAAACCAUUCCAUGAUGACCACUUCAACUUUGCUUACGUUCCCGAGUCCAGUUUGGUAUAUGGAGAUAAAAUGGUUUACAGCGAACAUUUGUCGCAAUUUUUCGAACAGUACAAUUCCUUUUUUCAUUUUUACAUCCCCAAAAAGGAUCAUAUAAUUUGGAAGCUUUUCCCCUAUGACUUCUUCAACCUUAUAUUCUGA